AUGCUAAUUGAGUUUGUAAGUCAUCACAUCUCACUUUCUGUGCUUCUUUUUACAACACUUCUGAUCAACCCUGCUGAAGUAUUGGCCAGUACUACCAAAGCUUGCGACUUUCCUGCCAUUUUUAACUUUGGUGCCUCAAACUCGGAUCCUGGAGGCUACUCUGCUGCCUUUCAACAACAAAGACGACCAAAUGGAGACACUUAUUUUGGAAGACCUGCCGGAAGGUUUUCGGAUGGCCGAAUCAUCCUUGAUUUUAUAGCACAAAAUUUUGAACUUCCAUAUCUUAGUGCAUAUCUUGACUCUUUGGGUGCCAACUACUCUCACGGUGCGAGCUUUGCAACAGCAUCAGCAACAAUUAAACUCCCAGACAGUGUUGUACCUCAAUGUACAUUUAGCCCUUUCUUCCUUGGCCUUCAAUACCUUCAAUUCCAACAGUUCAUAGCCAGGACACAAUUCAUAAGAGAACAAGGUGGCUUGUUUGCAACAUUGAUGCCCAAAGAAGAAUAUUUUUCUAGAGCUUUAUACACAUUUGAUAUUGGUCAAAAUGAUAUCAAUGCUCGCUUAUUGGACGACGACAUAACUAUACAAGAAGUUUAUCAUUUUAUACCGGACAUAAUUAAGACUUUCUUAGUGGAUCUCAAGCUCAUAUAUGAUUUGGGGGCUAGAUCAUUUUGGAUACACAAUACAGGACCAAUUGGAUGUCUCCCUGUUAUAUUGACAUUUUUUUGA